AUGAAACAAACCGCAGGUAGUAAAGAAUAUUACUCAUGCCAUGAACUAAUACGAGAGUUCGACAUACACCACUUUGGACUACUACAAAGAACUUGUAACAGACGAAAACAAAGCACAAUUCCAAGCCCCGCAAAGAACAACCCACCACAACGUAAUACUGUCAAAGAAAAACUCCUAUGCACGCAUAACGAGAUGAAUAAGACGACGGAAAGCAAAAUACCCACGACAAUCGAAACGUCAAAAGAGCAAAAAGAAGGGAUGCAACACGAGGACUUCCCAGGAGGUCAUCCAUCCUAA